AUGCCGGAAACUAAUCCCAUGAGAGAUAUCAGAAUUAAUAAACUCGUCCUAAACAUUGGUGUUGGAGAGUCUGGUGAUAGGUUAACACGUGCUGGGAAAGUGUUGGAACAACUGACAGACCAGAAACCUGUCUUCUCCAAGUGUAGAUUUACAAUCCGUUCACUUGGUGUCAGAAGGAAUGAAAAAAUCGCCUGCCAUGUCACUGUAAGAGGCCAAAAGGCACUCGACAUACUUGAACGAGGGCUCAAGGUUAAGGAAUACGAACUAAGGAAGAAAAACUUUUCUGACACUGGCAAUUUCGGAUUUGGAAUUCAAGAACACAUUGAUCUUGGACUUAAAUAUGAUCCUUCUACUGGAAUUUAUGGAAUGGACUUUUACGUUCAACUUGUAAGGCCAGGUUACAGAGUAUGCAAAAGGAGAAAGUGUAAAACAAGGGUAGGAAAAUCACACAAAGUAACCAAGGAAGAAGCCAUGAAAUGGUUCCAAGAUAAAUUCGAUGGACUCAUAUUCAAUUAA